AAUUAGAAACUAAUGUAAAGUCUGAGGCUUUGCAUAUGGUAAUUGAAUGGAUUUUAUUGAAAUUGAAAAUAUUAAAAGAAUUAAGUAAAGAGAUUUUGGCUCUAUUUUCUCGACUUGGUUGGAUGCAAAAAAUUGAUGAUAAUGAGUUUAACGAUGAAGACAAAAAAUACCCAUGCCCCAGUUUUAAAAAAUAUAACAAUCCAUAUGAUAUAUCGAAUAAGGAGGACGUUAGAAGCACUUUAAAAAAUAAUGUAUUUGAUAAUCUACACUUAAUAACUACAUCAAAAAGGCCCAUCAAAGUUUUCAAGAGAAUUUCAAUCGAAGAUGAAGUAAAAGGAGAACCUGAUUUUAUUUACAAACGCAUAGGAAAGCUUUUGUUACCUAUUGAA